AUGUCUGGCACCGACAUCGAGCAAGCUUCUGGUGACCGGAACCGUGAUCCGCCGUUUGGCCAGUCUCCGGCGCCAAACCAUGCCCGCAUCCACAAUCCCAGCCCGUCCUUUGAUGCCUCACCGACUGCCGCCUCCGUCUCCCCCUCCGCUCCUCCUCCGAUCUCCACGUAUUCUCCGCCACCAUCGGGCACCUUCGAUUACCAGACUCGUUCCGCGUCAGCGAAUCAUCCUUCGGUGACCAAGCGCCAGCAGCGGCACUCGCCCGAACCCGAUGAAUACUAUCGCCAACGUGGGUCCUCUGCAGCGGUGCCUGGUGCGGGCGAUGCCACAAACGGUGUGAACAUGGACCCGACCGCAUAUCCAAGUGCGGUCGACAAAGUGUCCCCGUCGCCAGCAAGCGUGCUGGGGCCAUCGCGCACCAGGCCUUUGGCAUAUCGUACCGCGUCUGCGUCUGAUUCGCCCACGUUGGGAAGCUCGUCCAAUCGUGCUCAUCCGCACGCCGCCUCGAUCGCCAGAUCUCGCAAGACCUCAUUCAAGGACCUGAUCAACAAGUUUAAUAACGCCUCGGACGAAGUCCUUCCACUUCCCUCCGCCACUCAGUCGCGCGAGGCAUCGCGAGCAGCGAGCCCAACAGCCAGUUUUGACGGCCCAGAACGACCUCGUGCUCUGCCUCGGAGGCAGAACGUGCAUGAUCCCACACAGUCGAUAACGAGCGCUCCUCUUUCGCCUCUGGAACCACGAGGGAACCUGCUCCCAGCACCUCUUCACUCAAGCACCGCCAUUCCGCCGCCUCUUUUUAACCGCAUCCCAGAGUCGCAUCCGCGUCGAGCGCUGUAUGGUGAGCUGUUGUCAAUAAACACGCAAGUCCAGAACUCGCUGUCCGGAAUCCCGUCACAUCUCAGACGUCGCGGUUCAGACGGGAGCAUCGCCAGCCCGAACCCGGCAUUCGUCGACAACCCCGAGUCAGCUAUCUCAGGUCGGUCCCCGCUGACCCCGACUGCGUGGUACCUCGGACAGACAACCUCCUUGGAAGCAGUCCAGCCAGGUUUCAAGAGCCAUCGACGGGCGAGGAGUGAUUUGGCGGUCAACACGGCCAUAGCGCCCCUUGCGGACCCUUGGAAUCCUCACAUGGCGGUUCCAGCAUCCUUGCAGCAGGGAAAACCGGGCAAUGUCUCCCCGGGGAGUCCAAAUUCGAAGUCCCGCAUUCCUGUCUCAGCUAACCGUGUCAACUCUGCUUUCGGCCUUGAAAGCCCCUCUCCAACCUCCAAUCCGACCUUUAGCAGCCGAUCUGCCUCCAUUCCUGUGCCGCCAAAAGGGACGAGCCGCCUUCCUAAACCGUCGCCGAAAAAUAGUCCACCCCGCAUGACGGAAGAUGUUCCCACAUCUCCCACAUCGUUUGCGAUAACGUCGCGUGGCAGGCGGGACCUGACUAUUGGCCGAAGCCGAACUCAGGUACCCGAACGAAGCCAGCUCCUCCAAGCUUACAUUGCUGCGCCGCCGCCCAAAAAGUCUCCCACACUCCGCAGUUCCCGACGACAGUUUGUUUCAAAUGGUAGCCCGACGUCGCCACGGUCGAGAGUUGGUGAUACGUUAUCAACCUUCCAAAGAUACAAUACUGUCCACGAAUCCGGCCCACGCUCACGUCCUCGGCAACGACAAAUACCUGAAUUGGGCAACGUGGAUUUUGAGACGCGCCGGCAGCGCAUCCAACAGGCCUUCAAUCGAACUGUCCAGGAGAAUGAGAGAAAGGAAGAAGCGGCAGCGGAGCUUCGACGUCAGGCGCGGGCAAAAUUUCAGAAGCACGAGGCCGCCCAGUCUCCGACGACGGACAAUACGGCAACGCCUACUACUACAAAGCAACCCGAACGCCAGCCGCAAGGCGAGAUGACCACUACUGUGGAAGAGCCGGCUGGCGCCGUCGGCGAGGGCGAGAAAGAGAAUCGCGCCCCUCCCCAUGUUAAGUUCGAUACGUCUCCUCCAGCGCCAGAAAAGGAUGCGCGCCGAACGGCAAUGGACUCUCCCACGCUGGGACUGCCGCAUGAACGGCCACCUGCGCAACAAGAAUCACAUCCUGAGGGCACUGCAUCCCCCGGCUCAGCUGCGGGGUCGGAAGAUACCCACGUUACUACUUUUGACCCCGAGCCGCAAUCCGGACUGGCCCAACCUGCCGGAAGUGGAUCUCACCGGACUUUGUUUAAUCAUAUCAUGCAGAUUCGCGAGUCUAGCUCAAGCGAUUCGUCCUGUGACGAAGCGGAGUGCAGCCUUUCAGAGGCAGAUGACAAGGAGUCGAUCCAGGUCAUGCUUCAGAAAUCGACAUACUUCGAUUCCUCAAGUAGCACUGAUACUCAGGAGCCUCAAGCAGUGCUGAUGCAACAAGCUCAGGCUGGUGACACCGUGCCCAACCGAUGGAGCAUGAGCUCAUGGUCUUCGUCGGGACCCAACCACACAGCCUUUGAUGAGACAUGUGACGAGAGCAGCGAUGAUCUUCCUUUGCAAAGGCCUUCAUCUGGGCAUACCAACGAGGCGACCGCUCAGUCGUGUUCAGCCGCGUCGACGCGCCCGCCGUCCGUCGUGGUUGACGAGUCCUCUACUUCUCCAGUCCAGGACCAUGGCGUGCUUGGCCCUCAGACUCUCUCGGGGUCGUCAGGUCAGCAAUGGACGCCCUUCUUGUCAACUCCUCCGAGCUUGGCCAAAAAGGGAAGAUGGGACUCGAAGCGGGUGACUGCGCUCUAUCUGAAAGAGUUGACUCGGGGACCAAGCCAAAAUAUCCCUCUUCCACAAUUUCGAGCGCCUCCAGAGCCUCCUCGCUCCGCUGAUUCUACUAACCCACGCAACGAUGGGCGAAACGACAGUCUUACGGGCGAUCCAGUUCUUGUUCCGCGAAUUGAGGACAUCCCGAUCUCGGAACGGCUCACACAUAGUGCGAGUCUCGUGGGGCGAGAGGAUUGGCUGCACGCCUCGCCUUCUAUUAUGGAUUGGAUGCAGGUCGCCGCUGAAGAUGAAGCUAUCACCCCUUCUAAUGACCGGCCUGCAUUCAUGCCGGAUAUUGCGACUGUAGCCGAUCCAGAUGGUUCUCACAACCAGGGAGCAGGCCUCGGAUUAUCUAUCAAUGUCCAAGCUCCUACCUCAAUGCCUCCUGAGUUCCAACCAGCGCCUGGUGGCAUUUCGACCGGAAAUGAAUCUGCUCCUGAUCAUGCUGCUAUGAAGCAUCACAGCACUGGAAGCAGCGAGGACUCUUCUCUUCGACAUCUGGAACCUACACCGUCACCACAGGCCGCUGACUCUUCUGUCACCUCCCUUGUACCAUCCACCGAACAACCUCCGCGCGCUGAGGCUAGCAAGUCUCCUUCUCCUGAACAGCGGCGGCUUCGAAAACGACGUCAUGUUAUUAAGGAGCUUGUCGACACCGAGUACACCUUCGGUCGAGACAUGAAAGUCGUGGAUGACAUCUACAAAGGGACCUCGAGUUCUUGUUUGGAUCUCUCUGCAGAUGAUGUGAAGAUUCUUUUCGCCAAUUCCGAACAGAUUGUGCAAUUUUCUAUCAGCUUCCAGGAUGCCCUCAAAACGGCCGCGCGAAGCGUAUACGUGAUGCCCAAGUCGCAGCGAUGGGGCAGCAAACGCAGCGCUUACAACGGCUCCUCGACUGCCGAAGGCCCUGAAGAACCGUCAGCCAUACACACCGCCAAAUCGGAUCUCGAGAAGGACCGCUCAACCUUCAUCGGCCAGGCUUUCAUAGCCCAUCUGAACUCGAUGGAGAAAGUCUAUUCUGACUAUCUCAGGAAUCACGAUGCUGCCAACAAAAAGCUACAGGCUCUUCAGCGUAACCCGAAGGUGGCCAUCUGGUUGAAAGAGUGCCGAGACUGGGCAGCCGAUCUCACGACCGCCUGGGACUUGGACUCGCUGCUGGUUAAACCUGUUCAGCGAAUCUUGAAGUAUCCUCUUCUUCUGAACGAGCUUCUCGAAUCAACACCCACCGACCAUCCGGACCGGGCUGCUCUUGCCAGUGCUCUGCAGGAAGUCACGAACGUUUCUGUGCGCAUCAAUGAAAUGAAGAAACGAGCAGAUCUUGUCGGACAAGUCGUUGGCCGGAAGCGCAAAGAGUCUGACGUGCGUGCAGGCUUGUCCAAGGCCUUUGGUCGUCGUACCGAGAAGUUUAAGCAAAAUGUCGGUCUUACGGAUCUGUUUGAAGACAAAGAAUAUGAUUCUUUGGCGAUGAGGUUCGGUGACGGGUAUUUCCAGCUGCAGUUAGUCAUGCGCGACGUGGAGGAGUACAUCAAUGAGAUCCAGAAUUUCAUGGCUCGUUUCAACGAAAUUGCUGCCUCAAUGGAAGCAGUCGUCGACGCGUCCCCGUCCAAUUAUGCUGAGCUGGAAGUCAAAUGGCGUCGUUUCAAGAAAACGGUGUGGGAUAUCAUCACCACCGCCCUGCCAGAACAUCUCGACGUUAUCCGCAAGAGUGUUAUCUCUCCGAUGGUCACACUCAUCAAGCUGCACGAUGGGCCCCAAAAGGUCAUGAAGAAACGAAACAAGCGCCUCGUUGACUACGCAAAAUUCAAGGCCGUGAAGGACCGCGGCGAUAAACCCGACAAGAAAAUGACGGAACAAGGGGAGCAGUUUAUGGCCCUGAACGACACUCUCAAGGAUGAGCUCCCCAAGCUCUACAACCUGACAGCCAAAUUGGCAGAAACCUGCUUGAAGAACUUCAUCCAGAUUCAGACUACGUGGUGGAAUUUGGUGCGGAAGCAAAUCGAACCUCAUGUCGAGACGUUCCCUGAUGAUCUCCAAAAGAUCAUUAGUGACUGGUCCAAUGACUACUCUUUCGCAGAGGCCCAAGUCCUCUCGCUCGGUAUCUGCAACGGUUCCUCGGCAGCCGACACUGUCAAUCUGCUCAAUUUCAACGCACCCGGGUCAGCACUGAACUCGCCAAGUCGACCUUCCAACAGCUCUGCGCGUCCGGGAUCUUUUGUGGACGAGUCCUCCCCCAAGGUUUCGCAUGAUUACAGUAUCCCAAGCACGUUCUUCCAAUCUCCUCAAAUGGACAGCGGUCAGUCGACCAAGAGCCGUCAUCGGACCAAUUCUUCCAUGUCUGGUCGGGCUGUUCCAAGUAGUCAAGAACUGCACCGGAGUCAAAUGCUGCAGCAGGUCACCAAUAACCCCUCUGCUACAAGUCCCUCCCAGGGCACCAGAGCGACUGUUGGACAGACAGAAUCCUUCCCCAGCCUGCCAAUGCUGAGUCUCGACACACCUUUCCUCGCCGAUAUUCUCAGCGGCACGCCCGAUGAAAACAAUCCGGCAACCUCUCCAGCCGGUCGCUACUCGGGCUUUUUCUCCUCCGCCAUGCCCAUGUCGGACGCCACUGACUCUCAGCCUGUCGAGCAAAGCAGCGCUGUCGCACCACCGAAGGUGCUAUUCUUGGCGGCUAGCAUCUACGAGUUCAAUAUCGACCGCGCCCGCCGCGAGGCUGGGUAUCCCUACCUCACCUACGUCGCCGGAGAGAUCUUCGACGUUAUCGGCGAAAAAGGAGAGCUUUGGCUCGCUCGCAACCAGGACGAUUCCACCGGGCAGGUGGGAUGGAUCUGGAAUAAACAUUUCGCCAAGUUGUCGACAUAG